AAUGGAAGUAAAGUUAAGAAAAGAAAGAAAACGACUUGCAAACACAAGAAGAAAGUUCUUCCAAUAGUUUUACAACUGUUCUGCAACACGAGGCAAGCUUUUCACAAAGUUCAACGCAAAAAGAAACAGCUAACGAUCUAAUAAUGCCUUCCACGUCACGUGUAAUGAAGCCACUGCCCAAAGUCUGCUACGAUGCGUUGAGCGAUACACAGUUGCGAAGGAAGCUUAAAUCGUACAGUCUGCCAACCAAAGGUGAUAAAAGAACAUUGAUAAAAAGAUUGGAGAAAUAUGUUCUGCUGCACAAUUCCCAGUGUGAUUCAAGCAGGCCAUUAAGUCCACGAUCUAUCGCAAAGAGGGUAGAAAAAGAUGAAGUCGAACUAUCGAAACACGGCUACAAACCAAGCAUUGCGAUACCUACUCACGACCGCUCGAUAACAGAACAAGAGAAAAUGGAACGACAGCGAAAAUACGGGAAGCAAAACGAGGUUCAAUUCAUGGAUCUGAUUGAACAAGUCAAAUCGCGAAAACAAGUUGCCAUAAAAAGUGACGUUGUGCAGUCAGAGAAUGAACCAGAAGAGUAUUUGUUCGAUAUCGUGGAAGUCAAUAGCGAUGACAGUAGUAACGACUCUGACACAAAUGCGUAUGACAAGACGAAAGCAUCAAGAACGUUCGACAUCGACUCCGAAAACGAAUGCCGCGCCAAAUUGACCCAUAAUGUGAGACCUUCGUCGUCGACUAUUCGUAGUACGUCGAAACCACCUCAAGUUAAAAGGAAAGCCUCGAGUAGGAAGAACCAGAAUUUAAAGGAGAACAGAGUUAAAAGUCGGGACAUUAUCACGUUUUUUAAAUCUGGAAACAAGGCAAUUUUUAAACAAGAAAAAAUUACACCGGUAAAGUUAAAAAAUAACGCAAAGUUGCAGUGUAAUAACUCUCCAUCUUUAGUUGCAAGAGUUGAUAGUGGUUCUUCAUUUACGGCUGCGCACAAGAGUGCAAACCACAAGGAAGGAGGAGAACUUUCAAGCAUACCUGAAUCUCCUCCAUUUCCUUCAUCAGAAAAAAAGUACAUGUUUAAAAAUGAUGCAAAAUUUAAUAGCACUGCGGUGGAGAGACAUAAUUUGAGACCUGAGUUGUUACCAAACCUCUCGCCAGUGUUUGAAGAUGAGGAUAUAAAAAGGAGAGAAAAUAGCAAAUUAAGAAUAAAACGGCGUUUGUCUUUAGGCAAGAAAAGAGUGGGAUCGUUUUCUUUGGAGUCGAAGUCAGAGAAAUCCAAAGUUUUAGAAUGUGAUACAGAUAGUACGAGCGGGGAGAGCGAAUCCCUAUUUCCCAAACCAGAUGACAGCACAGAAGACAUCACUGGCUUAACAAAUGAGAUAAGUUUGUUAGUGGAAAACGCUGUCCGACAUCCAACAUUGGGCAUUACAUCAGUUUCAGAAGCAGAGAGUGACGAUGACGACUUAGUUCCCACGCCUCCCAAUCUUGACUUCACAACACUUGAUACUCAAAGAUAUUAAGCAUAUGUAUCGUGGAUAUGUUUUUUUUUUACUUUCUAAUUAAAUUUAAGAAAUGAACAACCUCGUACUGAAGCUUUCUUUAAUGCUACGCUACAGUGCUAUGUUGUAAGAAACUGGUCUCAACAAGGUGACGUGAAAUGUAAAAUGACUUAGAAAUUCUUCGCUUAUAAUUUCUCUAUAACUUUUCUCUAUUAUUAAUUUUAUAUCUUAAUAUAUAUAUUGUUUAUAUAAAGAAACCGGCUGUUGUGCUUGCACGCUUUCCGUAGCUCAAAUAGAUGAUUUGAAUGGACCUUCAUCGACCAGGACCCCCUUCACAGGACCCUCAUUGAUAACAUUUCUAUAAGGAACUAAAGAAGCUGUCCUGGGUAAUAAUAAUAAGAAGAAGAAGAAGAAAAAAAAUGAAGAAAAUCUGUUAUAAAAUACAACCCUAUUACUAUUCAUGUCAUUAACAACUGCGUUUUGAUGUUUAACAUUUUUUAAACAUGGAUAACCAUUCAUUUGCCUGAAAAGUUGUAUCAUCGAUAAAAAAUUUUCGAUGGUCAAUAUGUGCUAUAUAUGUAAAAUUAAUUGCAUGACUUUUAAAUAUUAAGAGUUGUCAUAUUUGUAACGUUUAAUGCCAUCAACAGCUGCAAUAGCCAUUUCGGCUUUCUAUUGAAAAAUAUCGACUUGGGGCAUAGGACAUUUAGAAAAUUCAGUUUUUAGGACAUUUUUACUGUAGCUGUAUAUAUUUCAUGAAGUAUUACAUGCACCAACCCUAAAAUUACAUUUCUCCGAAUACUGGCGUGUUACAAACGGACCACUCGAAAAGCCAAUGUUGACAAAAUUAUACAUACCUUAGAACCGCAUAGAUGUCAAGACAACUUGUUUAUGAAUAUUUUUUUAUGAAGAAUUUUCUUCUUUUUUUAUGUUUUAUUGUCACGGUUCAGUUA